AAAGGGCAUAACCCCGAACUUCAGAUGGAAUGCCGGGGCUGACCACGGUAUCGCGAGAGCGUGUCAGGCCUGGAACUGCGCAUGCGCACCGGGCUUGGUCUCACAACAGGCCGGAAAUCGGUCUGGGUCCUCGCGCGCCGGCGGUUGUCCUGGUAACCGUGCCCUCCGUCGGGGAGCGUUUGUGUGCCUGGUUGAGGGACCAAAAGGCUAGGGUGAGGACCGCGCCGCAACUCCCGGCCAGAUCCGCUGGGGCCUCAGCUGGGAGCCUUCCCUCGGCUGCCCUGGAGGAGGACAGGUGAAAAGAAGAGCUGGGAGAUGAAGUGAGCUGAGCUUGGAAGGAUGGGAGAGGGGGACUGCCAACCGCUGCCAUGUCCUCCGCCCUCGUGUCGGUGUUGGCGAAGUAACAGACACAUAAAUGCACGGACGAUUCCGUGAGCUGGGCCCAAGGACUCCCCAGUCACCCGGACACACCAUCCAACAUCUACGAAGGAGGGCUGGGGGCCCAGCAGCAGCAGUGUCCCAGUGCCCAGGGAAGCAAGCCCAAGAACUUCCGGCUGCGCCACCUCCGGGGCCUGGCACUCUACCUACCAGGCCACAUGCAGCCUGCUGGCCAGUGUGAGAGUCACUGGCUGGGCCGGCUCAUGGCUGGGGGCUGCCUCCCAUGGCCUGAGGGCAUGGCCUGGCCCCUGGACCUGCCACAGGGGACUCUGAACCCAGGUAACAGCCACCGUUCAGCCCUUCUGGAAGCUCAACUGCCCAGGGACAGCCUGGGAAAUACAGGAUCCAGUUCCAGCAUGGAUCCAGCCAAGGGUGCCCCCUCCCAGCCUGGUACCCAUGAAGGCUUGGGGUUCCGGCCCAAGAGAUCCUGGGAGGCCUCAGAGGAGCCCACCUGUCCACUGUGCAAGAGAAUCUGCUCUGGGGCUCUGGAGAGGCCGUAGGGAUCCGAGUGCCGUUUUCACAGCUCAGGACAGGAGGGGAAAGAUGACCCAGGAGGUGGCGGAGGAGGCAGGUCCAGAGAGGAAGGGCUCAGCCCCACCACUAGCCCCUCCAGAUGGAGACACCUGCAGGUGCCCAGCACCAGAGCCCGGGCCAACCUUGGGAAAACUCGAGGGGAGGAAGAGAAGGUCCUGAGGGAGGGACAGAAAAAAAUAGAAGCCUGGGCAUGCCCUUGCAGCCUGCUCCAACUCAAGGAAACCACUUGUACCUGGGAGGCCGGGCUGAGUGAGAGAGGGGCUCCCAAAGAGGCUGGGGAGCCCGCUGGUCUAAUCUCAAUAAAAGCCAGA